ACCCAGCCUGUGCCAGGAAGGCAGGUGGAGCUCUGGCCAGAGCUCUGAGGUGGUGGUCUAUGAGCAGCUUGAUGAUGGCAAGAAGCCCCACCAGUGCUUGGAAUGUGGGAAGAGUUUCCCCACGAGCUACCACCUGAUCAUCCACUAGAGGAUGCACACUGGGGAACGGCCCCAUGAGUGUGGGGAAUGUGGGAAGAGCUUCAGGUUCAGCUCCCACCUGAUCAUCCACCAGAGGAUCCACACCAAUGAACGGCCCUAUCAGUGUGGGGAAUGUACCAAUGAACGGCCCUAUCAAUGUGGAGAAUGUGGGAAAGGCGUCAGGAGGAGCUCCAGCCUGAAACUCCACCAGAUGAUCCACACUGGGGUACGACCCUUUGUGUGUGGAGAAUGUGGGAAGGGCUUCCGUGACAGCUCUCGCCUGAUCAUCCACCAGACAGUGUACACUGGGGAAUGCCCCUACACGUGCUCAGUGUGUGGGAAGAGCUUCAUCGAGAACUCCAGCCUGAUUAUGCACCAGAGGAUCCACACUGGGGAGAGGCCCUACAAGUGC